AUGGACGGUGGUAUGACCGUUCACUCGACGUUCGGUUUGCCCUUCGGUACGCUCAACGAAGAUUCUACGUCGUCAAUCGCCAUGCAGUCUCUGCGCGCGCGUAGGAUACGCGAGGCGGCACUCAUCGUCUGGGACGAAGCGCCCAUGUCUCCGGGGCUCCAACUGACGGUGGUCGACCGGUUGCUGAAGGACAUAAUGCAAUCGGAACUACCGUUCGGUGGUAAGACGGUUCUAUUCGCGGGUGACUUCAGACAGAUACUGCCGGUGGUCCGCAGGGGGACGAGGGCCGCGAUCGUGGCGGCUUCAAUCAGGCACCACCAUCUGUGGGACGUCUUCGAGCGUUUCAGCCUGACGCAGAACAUGCGGGCCAACAACGACGCGGACUUUGCCGCCUGGUUGCUUCAACUCGGCAACGGCCAGCUGCCCGCGGUCGACGGAAAUGUGAACACCGUCGAAAUCCCCAGGAAUAUGGUAUGUGACAUAGCUAAUUUGAUUGAUUUUGUUUACCCGCAGCAAAUGUCGUUGGCUAACGUCGACGACUUUGCACGGAAAAUUAUUCUCUGUCCCCGGAACGAGGAUUGUAGACAGGUCAAUCGCACGGUGCUGCAACGCGUCACGGGUGCCGCGAGAACCUACACCGCCAUAGACACGGUGGUGGCGGACGACGUGGACGAGAUUGCCAACUACCCGACCGAGUUUUUGAACUCGCUGGAGCCCGACGGACUUCCUCCGUACAGGCUGACGCUGGUGGUCGGUUCCGUGGUCAUGCUGCUGCGGAACCUCGAUCCGAAAAUCAGACUGUGCAACGGAACAAGGUUAGUGGUUACGGAACUGAGGCGCAACAACUUCAAAGCGAGGUUGUUGGCGGACGCGGGGGAAGGGCAGGACGACAUCGUCAUCCCCAGGAUACCGCUGUCGUCCAGCGGAGACGACGACCUGCCCUUCACCAUGCGUCGGGUUCAGUUCCCGGUGAGACUUUCGUUUGCGAUGACGAUCAACAAGUCUCAGGGUCAAACUUUCGACAGAGUUG